AUGAAGUUAUGUACUUUAUUGCUGUUGCUUGGUUUGGUUUCCGUGCUCUCUUUUGUGGCUUCUGUCUCGGUGCCUUCAAAUGAAGUUUGGGCACUUCGAACGUUCAAAGAAGCUGUUUAUGAAGAUCCACACAUGGUUUUGUCCAAUUGGAAUACUCUGGAUUCAGAUCCUUGUGACUGGAAUGGUGUUUCUUGCACUGCACCGCGUGAUCAUGUGAUCAAGCUUAACAUAUCAGGGGCUUCAUUGAGGGGGUUUAUUGCUCCAGAAUUUGGGAAAAUCACCUACUUACAAGAACUGAUCUUACAUGGCAACAAUCUCAUUGGAAUAAUACCUAAAGAAUUGGGCAUGAUGAAAUCUCUUAAGGUGUUGGAUUUGGGAAUGAAUCAGUUAUCUGGACCAAUUCCUCUGGAGAUUGGAAAUUUAACCCAACUUAUGAAAAUAAACCUGCAGUCCAAUGGGUUGACUGGUAGGCUACCUACGGAACUAGGAAAUUUCAAAUACCUUCAAGAGCUUCGGUUGGAUAGGAAUAGGCUUCAAGGAUCUCUUCCUGGUGGUGGAAGUUCAAAUUUUUCUUCAAAUAUGCAUGGGAUGUAUGCCUCAGGUGUGAAUUUAACUGGUUUCUGUCGUUCACCUCAGUUAAAAGUUGCAGAUUUUUCAUAUAACUUUUUUGUUGGUAGCAUACCCAAAUGCUUGGAGUAUCUCCCGAGAUCAAGCUUUCAAGGAAAUUGCCUUCAUAUCAAAGACAUAAAACAGAGGACUUCGAUGCAAUGUGCUGGUGCUUCACCUGCUCAAAGCGGUCCAGUAGAGAACCCAAAGUCCCAACCUGCUACCAGACAUGUGACCAAGCAUCAAGAAGCAUCUAAACCUUCUUGGCUUUUGGCUCUAGAAAUAGUGACGGGAACCAUGGUUGCUUCUCUCUUUGUUAUUGCUAUUUUCACUGCAAUUCAGAAGUGUAACAACAAAUCAUCUAUCAUUAUUCCAUGGAAAAAAUCUGGAAGUGGAAAAGAUUAUAUGGCAAUACAUAUAGACUCAGAGAUGUUGAAGGAUGUGAUGAAGUAUAGCAGACAGGACCUUGAAGUGGCCUGUGAAGACUUCAGCAACAUAAUUGGGUCCUCACCAGAUAGUGUGGUGUACAAGGGUACAAUGAAAGGUGGACCUGAGAUUGCUGUAAUUUCCCUCUGCAUCAAGGAAGAGAAUUGGACAGGAUACCUUGAGCUCUAUUUUCAAAGAGAGGUGGCAGACUUGGCAAGGUUAGAUCAUGAUAACGCAGGAAAGCUGCUAGGAUAUUGUAGAGAGAGCAGUCCAUUUACAAGGAUGCUGGUUUUUGAAUAUGCAUCAAACGGGACACUUUAUGACCACCUACAUUGUUAUGGAGAAGGGUGCCAGUUGUCCUGGACAAGGCGUAUGAAAAUUAUCAUUGGCAUUGCACGUGGGCUCAAGUAUUUGCACACUGAAAUUGAGCCUCCAUUCACUAUCUCAGAAUUGAAUUCCAAUGCUGUUUACCUUACAGAAGACUUUUCCCCUAAGCUGGUGGAUUUUGAAAGUUGGAAGACCAUUCUUGAAAGAUCAGAGAAAAAUUCUGGUUCAGUUAGCAGCCAAGGUGCUGUUUGUGUUCUACCAAACUCCCUUGAAGCGCGCCAUCUCGACCUCAAAGGGAACAUAUAUGCUUUUGGUGUACUUCUACUGGAGAUAACCAGUGGAAGACCUCCAUACUGUAAGGACAAAGGGUACUUGGUGGAUUGGGCCAGGGACUACCUUGAAAUGCCAGAAGUAAUGUCAUAUGUGGUGGCUCCUGAGUUGAAGCAUUUUAGAUAUGAAGACCUCAAAGCAAUAUGUGAGGUGAUAACUCUUUGCAUCAGUCCUGAUCCCUCUGUCCGUCCAUCAAUGCGUGAAUUGUGCAUCAUGUUGGAGAGCAGAAUAGACACAUCCAUAAAUGUGGAGCUGAAGGCAUCAUCUCUGGCUUGGGCUGAGCUUGCCCUUUCUUCAUAA